GGAUCUAUUUAUCAACUUCUUCCAUGACAAGACCUGGGGUGUGUCUCAAAUGUGUCCCAUCCCUGUGGAAAGCAAUUACAUGGCUGGAAUCAUUAGAACUGGGAGCCACAGUCAACCAACUGGUUUUCAUGGCUAAUGAGGGCUCUUGAGGAGGUUACGUCAUCGGGAAGGCGGAGAGCCUGGUCACCUACAUAUACCCGACCUGACUGGAGCUGCUCUGUGGGUUUUUCCUGAGCAAUGCACUGAGGAGUCAGCCCAGGCUCAGUCGUUGUCCUCGCCAUGAAGAUAGCAGGUGUCUUUGUGCUCCUGGCUCUGGCCUUUCUCUGCUUCUUCUCAGAUGUUGCCAGCCAGAAAUGGAGCAAGUUUUUUCAGGACCACUGCAAAGAAUAUCAUGGCAUCUCACGCACGGGGGCUUUUUACUGCAAUAGAAUUAACAGCCCUGUCCGUGGCCCGGAUGGCAAAAUGCACCUCAACCAGUGCCUCAUGUGCAAAAAGCUGAUGGGAAGAGGACUCAGUAAUGCAGGAAAUGGUGGAGAAGGCAAUGGGAAGGAAAGUGGAAGCGGAGACUCGUCAGGAAAGAUCGACUGCAGUGAAUACGAGGAACUGUUCAAGAGCGGACAGUUUUCCUGCACGAAGGAGAACGACCCCGUGCGAGAUUCCUUCGGCAAGGAGCACAGCAACAAGUGCCUUCUGUGCGCGGCGCGGUACAAAAAGGAGAACAGGCUGAACCCUACCCAGAACAACCGAAGGGAAUUUGGGAGAGUCAAGGUUGACUGCAGUGAAUAUGAAGAAGCAUUCAAGAGUGGGACACUUUCCUGCACACGGGAGUCGGACCCCAUGUGGGAUUCCUCUGGCAAGGAGCACAACAACAAGUGUGUCCUGUGCGCAGAGCGAUUCAAAAAGGAAAACGGGAUGACCAACAAAGUUGAGGACGACUGCAGUGAAUAUCGGGUGCAAAUCAGGAACGGUGGGAAACUCUUCUGCACGAGAGAGAUCAAUCCUGUUCGUGACGCCUCUGGCCGACAGCACCCCAACAAGUGUUACAUGUGUGCAGACAGGUUCCAAAAAGAAGCUCAAAACAGCGGUCGGCCUCGUGUGACCUCGCAGUCAAGCCGGGAUGGCUGUGGCGGUUCCGGGUCGCAGCAAGGAGAGGACAGGAGACCCUCCUGUCCGACCGCUCAGCCCGGCUACAGGGGGUGA